AUGGGCCGGAGGAGCGCCCGCCGCGCCGCCGCCUUCUCGACGUGCAGCCGCGGCCCGCAGGAGAACGGUGCGUGGAAGGAAGCGAGGGUGCUGAGUCAUCCACAGGCUGGUGGCACUGAUAGGCUCCGGAGGCAGGGGGCCCCCUUGGGGGCGAGCGCCCGGGACGGCCGCAGCGAAGCACUUCCUGCCAUGAAUGGACACAUCGUCCCGCCAGGCGAGCCCCCUCCCCCCGGCGGCUGGCAUGAGUUCUGCGAGCGUCACGCCAUCUCCACCGCCAAGGAGCUGGCCUGCAAGUACCUCCUCUUCAUCCACGACAACCCCCAGCAUGAAGUCCUGGCGGCGGAGAACUUCUCCCUGCAGUUCGCCGACCUCUUCCAGCAGUACUUCCGCCACGAGGUGAAGGAGACGUCCGUCAUGAGCCAGUUCCGCGUCCUGCCCUUCAGCAGGGCGCGGGAUUAUCGGGAGACGGGCUGCCGGCACGCUGACGGCUCCUCGGGGACAGGCGUGCCCAAGGCCGAGGUGGAGUUGGCCGACCAGGCGGACAGAAUGACCGAGGCCGGCCCCGGCGGCCUGCCAAAACCUGAGGAGCCUACGGGGACUUCGUCGGCCGUGAGGAGGCACUUUUCCCUCGACCGGCUUAGGAGGAGCUUGCGGAACUUUUUCCGCCGGAGGCCCUCGGAGCCCAGCCCCGCCGAAGGAGAAGCGCCGGACUCCGUUUUGAAGCCGGGCCUGGCCUGGAAGAUCCUCCCGUGGUCCCUCUCGCGAGACCAGGCCCUCGAAGUGCGGAAGGAGGGCCACCUGAGGUACUGGACGGUGACCGAGGCCACCAUGGACUGCGGGAUGCGCUGGCAGAGGUGCCGGCUGGUUUUGCGGAAAGCGGGCAGCGGAGAGGACGUCUUGGAACUCUUCGAUCCCCCCAAGUCUUCAAAGCCAAAGCUGCAGACCGUCUGCUCGGCCGCCCAGGAAAUCCGACGGUGCACUCGCUUGGAGAUGCCCGAUAACAUCCACACCUUUGUGCUCAAGGUGAACACCUCCACAGACGUCAUAUUCGAGGCUGGAGAUGAGCAGCAGCUACAUUCUUGGAUGUCUGAAAUUAAAGAUUGCUUCCGUCGGGGUAAUGCUAGGGAAAAUCUUGAACUGAACUCAGAGUCACUCUCAGAAGCCGUGACCGCGAGCCCCACAAACAGCAGCAUCGACUCUCUUAACCAAGCUCCCCAGAGUCCAACGACACCGCCAGACCAGUUCCUGGCAUCCUACCCCUGGUUCCACGGGCCCAUUUCCCGCGUCAAAGCUGCCCAGCUGGUCCAGCUGCAAGGACUGGAAGGUCACGGGGUUUUCCUCAUCCGGCAGAGCGAAACCCGCCGGGGAGAGUACGUCCUCACCUUCAACUUCCAAGGGAGAGCAAAGCACCUGCGGCUCUCGCUGACGGAGCGGGGCCAGUGCCGCGUCCAGCACCUCCACUUCCCCUCCAUCAUGGACAUGUUGAUCCAUUUCCAACGGUAUCCCAUCCCUCUGGAAUGCGGGGCCCCCUGCGACGUGCGCCUGUCGAGCUACAUGGUGGUUGUCCCGCACACCCAAGGCUCCGGUAACCUCGUCCCACCUUCCUCCUCCAUCCACCGCUGUGGGCCAGAGUUCAGCCUCGUCCAGCUGCCCCCAGCCGGCUUCCCACAGCUCCACCCGGCCGACGACCUCACCCGCAGCUCCUCGGAGGAGCAGAUCUUCCACCUGGUGCCCCCACCGGAGGAGCUGGCCAGAGGCUUGUGGCACAGAGGUAGCCUGUCGGGGCCGCCCGGCGCACCCGCCGCGCACCGCCCGUGGGACAAUGAUUACGAGACGGACUCGCAAGGCAGGGUCCACUUGCGGGCGGUCAACAACCAGUACACGCCCCUUUGACACAGUGGGACAUGCUAGCCCCCCCUCCCCCCGCUUUUGCACAGGACUCUUGGCCAACAUUUCAGAAAGCCAAGAGACACGACCGUCCCCCCCUUCCUUACUAAAGGUGGGUAUGCGUUUGGUAAGCUAGAGUGAAGGCUCAUCCCUCCACGGGGAUGACCCUACAAUUUGGCCUGUUACAGGGCCAGUCCUCUUGGUAGACUCCCCCUCCCCACUCAGUGCAUUCUUCUUCAUUACUGGGGGUUUUUUUUGCACAUCGCUCUUUUGCUUCAGUCAAAUUUUGGUCUCCAUCGAAUCCCAGAUCUUUGGGGGUGGCCGGGGGACAUUCUGACCCCUGUCUCCUAAGUCUGUCUGCACUUCCACAGUCUUAGCCCUUUUUUCCCACACCGAGUGACUUUCUGGGCUCUUCCAUGAAUCAUCGGGGCUGAAGUCAUUAUCGCUCAAGGUAGCAAUACAGCCAUACGUUCUUUGCAAAACAAAAAGAGCAUUGUCUCUCCAAGGGCUUUCACACACACCCUUGCCUUAACUGUAGGGAACGACUUAUGAGUUAGUGGCAGCCCCAGCUAAGAAACAUCCUUUCCCACACCUCCUAAGAGGGGCUCUGCUUACUUUUGAGCCACAUCUGCCUCCCCCGCCCUCCUGGCUAGAAUACGGCAGCAUUAAAUGGCCUUGGCCGAACCUUCAGGUUGUCCUUCCUCUGGAACUGAGCACCUGAAGCUGCCUUCCAAGGAAUCAGGCCCUUGGCUCAUCAACAGUAC